AUGGUAGAUCAUGAGGUGGCAUUUGCUGCUGUUGCCAGUGGGAGCAUGUGGGUUUGGCACCAUUGGCUGGGCCACCUGCACCUAGAUGCUAUUCGAACCAUGGUGCAGAAGAACAUUGUCAAUGGACUCAAUAUCACAUCACCCAAGGACUUUGACCAUGUUUGUGAGGGUUGUGUCCUCAGCAAAUCACAUUGGCUACCAUUCCCUAAGGUCAGCAACACCAUCUACUUGAAAAUGGAACUAGUUGUCAUGGAUAUCACAGGUCCUAUAGUAGGAUGGCUCCUUGAGAAAAAGGAGGAGGUUGCAAGUGCCUUGAAGGAAGUAGUUGCAAUGUUGGAGAGGCAGUUAGGCUUAAAACUGAAGAAAAUGUGCUCAGACAAUGGGACUGAGUUUGUCAACUCAGUAGUAGAAUCCUUCUGUUGA